GCUACCGCUGGUAGUUUCUGUUUUGUGGUGGCAGCGCGUGGGUGAGAAGAAAGCGCGCGGUGUGCUACGCAGUUCCCGGAUGCAGAUGUCAUGAGCAGCAAGAUUUUUGAGGUAGUGCAGGGCGCUGCGGUGCAGAGUGAAUUAUAAGGAGAAGUGAGGCCAGGAGACGGCGUCAUGGCCCUGGGUGCCAGGUAGCAGGACACAUGACGUUGUGCUUGGUGCUGGGCACGCAGGCUGUUGUACAGUCUGCCUGCACGAGAAUGCACCGGGGAUAAGCCAUUUCCUCUGGGUAUCUCUUUAAUCUGCUGGAGGCAGCUGACCUGAUUGAAUUCCAGGCCUCCAGUGGGGCAAGGGCCAGCACGGUGGGGGAGGAGAGGAUUGGUGGUUGGCAGACAAGGCCUCUCUGUUGGGUGGAGGGGGCAAGACUGCCAGAGUCCCAGCAGCAGACAUGUCUGUCGGGGAGACAGACGCGGACCACCCACGAUUCUUUGUUGGGUGUGAUGACGGAGAAGGUGAUGAGCUCCUGGACCCAGGCAGGAUCGUGGGCUAUGACUGUCUCUAUGAGAAUGUGGAAGAGGAAGAGGAACAUGAUGAAGACGAGGAGUAUGACUCGCCCCCGGAGAGGCAGAUUGUUGUUGGGAUCUGUGCCAUGUCCAAGAAGUCCAAGUCAAAGCCCAUGAAAGAAAUCCUAGAGCGCCUGUGCCUCUUUAAGUAUAUCACUGUAGUGACGUUCGAGGAGGAUGUCAUCCUCAACGAGCCGGUGGAAAACUGGCCCCUGUGCGACUGUCUAAUUUCCUUCCACUCUAAAGGGUUUCCGUUAGACAAAGCAGUGGCCUAUGAAAAGCUCAGGAAUCCAUUUGUGAUCAAUGAUCUCAGUCUCCAGUACUGCAUACAAGACAGGAGAGAAGUGUAUCGAAUUCUCAAGGAGGAAGGGAUUUUGCUCCCGCGAUAUGCUGUUCUGAACAGAGACCCUGCGAGGCCAGAAGAAUGUAACCUGGUUGAGGGUGAGGACCAUGUGGAAGUAAAUGGGGAGAUCUUCCAGAAGCCGUUUGUGGAGAAGCCAGUGAGUGCAGAGGACCACAAUGUUUACAUCUACUACCCAACAUCUGCUGGAGGUGGGAGCCAGAGGCUCUUUCGCAAGAUCGGUAGCAGAAGUAGCGUUUACUCUCCGGAAAGUAAUGUCCGAAAAACUGGAUCCUACAUUUAUGAGGAAUUCAUGCCAACAGAUGGAACUGAUGUGAAGGUAUACACAGUGGGUCCAGACUAUGCCCACGCAGAGGCCCGGAAGUCCCCUGCCUUGGAUGGGAAGGUGGAGAGGGACAGCGAGGGCAAGGAGGUGCGCUACCCUGUCAUCCUUAACGCCCGGGAAAAGCUCAUUGCCUGGAAAGUGUGCCUGGCCUUUAAGCAAACUGUCUGCGGUUUUGAUUUGCUCCGAGCCAACGGUCAGUCAUACGUCUGUGAUGUGAAUGGAUUCAGCUUUGUGAAAAAUUCCAUGAAAUACUAUGAUGACUGUGCAAAAAUUCUGGGAAACAUUGUCAUGAGAGAGUUGGCUCCACAGUUCCAAAUUCCCUGGUCCAUACCUUUGGAGGCAGAGGAUAUUCCCAUUGUUCCCACAACGUCUGGUACCAUGAUGGAGCUGCGCUGUGUUAUUGCUGUGAUUCGACAUGGGGACCGGACCCCUAAACAGAAGAUGAAAAUGGAAGUUCGGCAUCAGAGGUUUUUUGACUUGUUUGAAAAAUGUGAUGGCUACAAAAGCGGAAAACUAAAACUGAAAAAGCCAAAGCAACUUCAGGAAGUUUUAGACAUUGCAAGACAACUUCUCGUAGAACUUGGACAAAACAAUGACUCAGAAAUUGAGGAAAGUAAAGCAAAACUUGAGCAACUCAAAACAGUCCUGGAAAUGUACGGCCACUUCUCCGGUAUUAAUCGCAAGGUGCAGCUAACAUACCUUCCUCAUGGGUGUCCAAAAACAUCGAGUGAGGAGGAUGAUGUCCGACGUGAUGACCCCUCCCUUCUCUUGGUGCUGAAAUGGGGUGGGGAGCUGACCCCUGCAGGCAGGGUACAGGCUGAGGAGCUUGGCCGAGCCUUCCGCUGCAUGUACCCAGGAGGACAAGGUGACUAUGCGGGGUUCCCUGGGUGUGGCUUGCUUCGGCUUCACAGCACCUACCGUCAUGACCUGAAGAUCUAUGCAUCUGAUGAAGGCAGGGUCCAGAUGACAGCUGCAGCCUUUGCCAAGGGUCUGCUAGCACUGGAAGGGGAGCUGACACCCAUCCUGGUCCAGAUGGUGAAAAGCGCCAAUAUGAAUGGGCUUCUAGACAGUGACAGCGACUCCCUUAACAGUUGUCAGCAACGUGUCAAGGCGCGUCUGCAUGAGAUCCUGCAGAAGGACCGUGACUUCACGGCUGAAGACUAUGAGAAGCUUGCGCCAACAUCCAGUACAUCCCUGGUCAAAUCAAUGCAAAUGAUCAAGAAUCCAGUGAAGACAUGUGACAAAGUGUACUCUCUUAUCCAAAGCCUAACGUUACAGAUCCGGCAAAGGAUGGAGGAUCCCAAGUCAGCUGAUAUACAGCUGUAUCACAGUGAAACGCUGGAGCUAAUGCUCCGUCGCUGGGCCAAACUGGAAAAGGAUUUUAAAAUGAAGAACGGUAGAUACAAUAUUAGCAAGAUUCCAGACAUUUAUGACUGUAUUAAAUACGAUGUACAGCACAAUAGCUCCUUGAAGCUAGAUAACACAAUGGAGAUCUACAGACUUUCUAAAGCACUUGCCGACAUAGUCAUUCCUCAGGAAUAUGGUAUAUCCCAGCUGGAGAAACUUGACAUUGCCAAGGGAUACUGCACACCUCUUAUCCGAAAGAUACGGUCUGAUCUCCAGAGGACGCAAGAUGAUGAUACUGUCAACAAACUUCACCCUGUGUAUUCAAGAGGGGUAAUGUCACCAGAACGUCACGUCAGAACCAGACUGUACUUUACUAGUGAAAGUCACGUACACUCUCUGCUCUCCAUUCUACGAUAUGGAGCACUUUGUGACGAAACCAAAGAUGAGCAGUGGAAGAGAGCUAUGGACUACCUCAAAGUUGUCAGUGAGCUCAACUACAUGACUCAGAUUGUGAUCAUGCUGUAUGAGGACCCAAACAAGGACCCAUCGUCAGAAGACCGCUUCCAUGUUGAGCUGCACUUCAGUCCUGGGGCAAAAGGCUGUGAGGAUGAAAAAAAUCUUCCAUCAGGAUUUGGCUACAGACCUGCAUCUCGAGAGAAUGAGGGCUCAAAAAAGAAGGCCCAGAACGACAGCGACGAGGAAUCUGGCAGUGUCAAACGCGAUGAGCCUGACAGAGCGCUUAUGAUGUUUAGACCCCUGGUUUCUGACCCCAUCUACAUCCACAGGAAAUCCCCCCUGCCUCGCUCCAAAAAAAUCGGCUCUGUAGAGUCCCCGUUGCAGCCAGAGUUUAACAACAAGGCACCAGCUGGCAAAGAAGAGAGCCCCCUGAGUGUGUCUAGCCCUGACUCUAUUGGUACCUGGAUUCAUUACACCUGUGGUGUUGGUACUGGGCGUCGAAGACGCAGAUCAGGGGACCAAAAAACUUCCUCCCCCGUCUCCCCCAAAUCACUGGCUUUCACAUCCAGUAUUUUUGGCUCAUGGCAACAGGUUUUGUCCGAGAACAACAGUCACGCAAGAACUGGAAGGCUGCACUCUGAACACAAGUUCACCAGUGGAAUAGGGUCUCACUGUGCUGGGCUGUUCAGCACCAUGGUGCUCGGGGGCUCCUCCAGUGCACCUAACCUACAAGAUUAUGCUCGUGCACACCGUAAAAAGCUGACUUCCUCUGGCUUCUUAGAUGAGACCACGCGUGGUUCUGCUGUAAAAAGAUUUUCUAUCUCAUUUGCUCGGCACCCAACCAAUGUGUUUCCCAGUAUGUUCUGUGGUUUUGAGUUGUACUCCAUGGUUCCAUCAAUUUGCCCUCUUGAGACUUUGCACAACUCGCUUUCGCUGAAGCAAGUAGAUGAGUUCCUGGCUUCUAUUGCUACAUCUCAUGACUCCAUCUUUGAGACACCCACCUCUUCCCCAGCCUCCUCAUUAAGUUACAGUGCUGUUCCAAUAAAGAAAGCACCUUUGAACACGUACACCCCAGCUAAGGUUCUGCCUUGUCCUUUUACUCAUUCUUCAAGUAAGAAGACUUUAGAAAAAGCUGCAACUGUCAGCAGUGAAUCUCCUACCAGAGAACAUAUGGUUGAUUGCACAGACGAGUUGCUCCAUGGCUCCACAGGAAACAAAGUUUUACAGCAGCAUACCUUGAAAGACUCUGGAAAACAGCAAAACACCAGCAAAGAGCCAAAAAUCCCUUUUGAUCCUGCUGUGUCCCUAAACCUUUCAGCUGAUAUCACCUGUGGUGAUGAGAUGCAGCUGAAGACUACAACCCGUGAUGACUCCAAAACUAAGGAGCCCACAGAGGCCACUGCCCUUAAUAAUCCCGGUAGUAAAGUGUCUUUGCAAUCCACAUCCAAUAAAAAAAUUGAUAAGGUAGGUAGUAAGGGAGAUAUGCAAGCUUCCAUGCAUGAAAUUCCUGAGAGUAAAUUGCUGUUAGAAGCUUCAGCCCAUGCUUCCCUCAGUUGCAAGGUUUCAGUACAAGAUGUAUGUUACAGUAGCACUAGUGAUAAAUCCAAAGCCAAAACUAUCGGUGAAGUAGACCAGCAGCUGUUACAGCAGGACACUCCUGGUAACACACAAUCCAUACCAGAUAUGGCCCCCAGUACUGCUGUUGCUGAAGUGCCACUGCAGACUUCGUCAAAGGAUAUCAUGAAUGAUUUAGCACCCCAGGACACUACUUCUGUUGCUUCUCCUGAUGGGACACCCUCGCUUGCCACUAGCCAGAUACGGGGCAUCAUCCAAAAGCCAGCAAAGGCAAACAUGGAAUAGUUGUGCUGAUUAUGGCUGAAAAUGAAAAUGUGUGCAAAAAGCAACGGAAUGUAUUCGUGGUUUCAAAACACCUUCUGUGAGUCCCCCCCCCCCUUUCUAUGUGAACAAAGCAGAAGCAAAGUGAAAUGCUGUGUGACAGGAAGGUUUUGUAAAGCCUGAGACCUAUAGACAACAUUUCAGCGUUUAGCACUGAAACUAGAUGGCCAUUUUUCCACUUACACAUUAGUAAUGCGAUCUGCAUACAGUCUUGUAUUUCUCAGUGUACUGUAUGUGUAAAGUUGGUGUUUAAUCUGUAAGCUAGUUUGCUAAUUAAUGAUGGUAUGUAAAAAGCAUUAAUGUAAAUCUCAGAUUUUACAUUUGAAUUUUGUUCAACAAAACAACUAGUGAACAACUACAGAGAAAUCUGGAAGAAAAAUCCUUUACAAGGCAAUUAAAAGGUAUGUGGGCUGUUGAAAGGUGCAGAAUAUACUAUUUUCAUUUUAUAUUGCACACCUGUAUAUCUAAAAUCAAAGAUUACUUUGCCUUAUGUGUACCUGAGAAACAUUCUCUCCCAUUGUAAAUCAGAGAUGAUUGUUGUAUAUAAAAAAUUAUGUUUAGGUCUUUUGUAUGUAUUGUAAAGUUGUGAAAUUUUUCUUUUUCAAUAUGUGCAUUAAAAUAUGUACAGAAACAUUUAGGACUGUGUUACACAAUUGAAUAGUGCUUGAAAUGCACACUUAGUUUUCCAAGGAAUGCAAUACAUUUUCAAUAUUAA